AUGAAUAAUCAAAUGUUCAAUAUAUCACAUUCAUCAUCUAUCUGCGAUCAUUGUUCAAAUAAGAGACGAUUUAUUAUUGUUAUAUUUGUUAUUUUUACAAUAUUACUUGUAACAACCAUAAUAUUGAUUGUACUUGCUAGUAUAAAACCAUGUCUCUUUAUAAAAUGUCAUUUACGAGCGACAGGAUGCAUCAAUCGAUCACUAUUCAAAGGACAAUGUAUUUGUGAUUCUAAUACUGCUGGUAAUGGUCGAACAGUUUGUGAUGAAUGUGGAAUAACGUAUACUCGACCGAAUGCUCGUAUUAUUGGUGGAGUAGAAGCUAGUGAAUAUAGUUGGCCGUUUGCUGUUCUUAUUCGACAACAAUAUAAGAGAAUAGUUACACUAAAUAAUAGAUCUUGUUUAAUUUCAGCAUCGUGGAUGUGUGGAGGAACAUUAAUUAAUCAUAAGACAAUUUUAACUGCGGCGCAUUGUUUGAAAACAGCCGGUGAUACAUUCGAUUAUAAAACAUUUGCAGUUUCUAUUGUCUGGAAUAAAUAUUAUUCAAAUAUCGAAAGUACGUUAGAAGUUAGUGUAGGUUUAUAUGAUCGACGAAAAGCAACUGAACGACGUAUUGUAAAAGUUCUUCAAGUAAUUCUACAUCCAUUUUAUAAUGAUAGACAUUUACUUAAUGAUAUUGCAAUUCUUAAACUUGAAGACUAUCUACGACCAUCACCUAAAGUUCAAUUUGCUUGUUUACCUUAUUUAUUAUCUGAAAUAAAUACAAUAGGUAUUGUUGUUGGUUUUGGUGAUACUUUUCCAGGUGCAAAUAAAGGCUCAUCUAUUCUUAGACAAGUUAAUCUAACUAUAUAUCCCAACGAAUUUUGUAUUAAUGUUGCACCAUCAACAAAAAAAAAUUGGAAUACACAAAUAUGUUGUGGUGAUUUGAAUGGAGAACGUGAUACAUGUCAAGGUGAUAGUGGUGGUGGCUUAUAUAUUCAACGAAAUUUAUCAAAUAUAUUAUAUUAUAGUAUUGAUGGUAUUGUUUCUUAUGGUGAACAAUGUGCUAGUCCAAUGAAACCGGGCAUUUAUACACGAGUAUCAAAUUAUAUUGAUUGGAUUCAAGAAAACAGUGAUUUUGAUAGAAUUGAAAUUUAA